UCGUUCUACGUAGCGAUCCAUGGUAUGAUUAUUUACAAAUGGCGGAGUGUUAAGAAGUGAUGGUGUUUAAAAAUCAAAUGUAAUCUGUAAUUUAAAAAUGACAGAUGUACUAAUUAUGAAAUAUUGUGGUGCUCUCCAAAUUCAAGAUAAGCAGAAGAAGAAGAGAGCUAUUGAAAACUUGUCUAAAUUUUUACAUGAACAUGAUUCAGAAUUAGAAGUGACUGAAAAGAUUCAGAUAUACAAGAAUAUUUUACGCUGUUUUAAUGAUAAAGCCGAGGCAUGUAGAGAGUUUGCGGUAAAGAUAAUAACUGACAUUACAUCUUUUCUUCAUCAAGAAGACGAUUAUUUAAUAUAUCUUAUGCCAGCCUUGUUACAACGGCUUGGUGGGCAGGAAAGAAUUGAGUCCUCCGAAGAAGUACGUUUGUUGAAAGUUUCUUUGCUACACUGUGUAAUUAAUAAAUAUCGUCCGACAUUACUGUCAUCUUACGUAAAUGACAUUAUCCAGAUAUUAGUAAAUACAUUAGUGGAUCCAUAUCCAAAAAUUAAGAAAGAGAGCUGUGAAUGUUCAGCAGAUCUUGCAGAAACUAUUCCCAGACACUUCUAUACUUAUUCCCAGUCACUCAUAGUACCUAUAUUACAGAGUGUCACUCACCAACACUACAGAAUCAGGAUUGUUGCUAUCACUGCAAUUGGCAAGGUUGUUCGGUAUGGCAACAACAAGUCUGUCGAUACUGUUAUUGGCCCUCUUGCAGAGCGUUUGUUUGAUCAAAUCCAAGCUGUGCGUCAAGCUGUGGUACAAGUUAUUGGAAUUUGGCUAGUGCAAUUGCCAGACCGCUAUUCCUACUUUCACAGACUUUUGCCAUUGAUUCUUACAAGUUUGACUGAUGAAAUUCCAGAUCUGAAAACAGAGGCUCUGAAAUUAUGGGAUGAGGUGGGGAAAGUUUAUAUGCAAGAAAAUGAGAAUGAAUUUAAGGAUCAGGUGGAUUUCCUAAUAGAUGAUCCAGUUCAUUAUCCUCCUUUUGAAACAAGACCAAAUAUAGGUUGCCGUACAUUGGUGAAUCGACAUCUAUGCAAGAUUGUGCCAGCCUUGGUUCGGGAACUGGAUGAUUGGCUCAUGGAUAUCCGACUCAAGGCCUCACAGUUGUUAUAUUCACUGAUUCUGAAUGCUGAAGUGUAUAUAACUCUUCAUCUGGAGAAGAUCCUGGAUGGAAUGUAUCGGGCAAGCAACGAUGAGGAUGUGAGAGUUGUGAAUAAUGUUGAGAAAGCUGCAGAGUUGAUUGGGUAUUUUGUUCCUCCUGACACUUACUGUAAACUUGUGUUGCCUACAAUGGAAGACUCAGCUACUGCAGGCCAGCUCCGUGUAUUUGCAGCCAUUUUGAAAGGAAGUGAUAGAUCCACACUGAAAGAGAAGUUAACAGAUAUAGGCAACUUCUUGAAAAGUGCAGAGAUUUGCUGGAGCAAAGAGACUGCAUAUCAAAUACAGCUGCUCAGCUGUUGCUCAAAUCUGAUGGUGGUAUGUGAACAGGACUGUAAAAUGAUUGGUUACCAGUUGUUUGUGGUCAUAAUCUCUGUAUUGGGACUUGCUACAGAGGAGUUUGUCACCAAGGAAGCUCUAGGGUGCUUCCACAUGUUGCAGUCAGUUGAGACUUGUACUUCUCUUCAAAAUCUGUUCGAGAAAUAUCUUCAGCCAGUGCUGCAGGAGUUUCAGGUGUCUGCAGACUCCUGGUCCUUGUGCAGUCCAGAGAGGUUUAUAUUUGAAGCUCUACUAAUUUAUGCAGGUUCUGCAAUUAGACUGCAUCUACAAAUCAUCAGUGAAAUUCUUGUGACAUGCCUAAAGCCUGAGAAGGAUCCUGAAGUUAGGCUGAAGAUGUUUAUCAUUUUGUCUAGUAAUGUUGUUGCCACAGAAGAGCUAAAAUGUGCCCAUGACUCAGGACCUUUCCUGAUCAAAUUAGUGAAAGAUGUAAUCAUACCAAACCUGGUGUGGCGGGCUGGUCGGACAUCAGAAGCUAUACGAACUGCUGCUGUCUCAUGCCUUUAUUCAGCCUUCAAACAUUCUAUAGACUCCUCAUCACCAUUUGCAGACCCCACUGUUAUAAGCAUAGUGACAGAGCCUCUGGUAACCUUGUUACUGACACUUGUAGAGGAUUCCUCCAAGAAGACACGUAUCAUUGCCUGCCAGUCUCUGUGUCGGAUGAUUAGAUUGUUGCGAAUCACUGGCCUCUAUACUGCAGAUUUAGUACACCAUGUUUAUCCUGUGGUGCUGAAACGUUUAGACGAUGUAAGUGAUGAUGUUCGUGUGGCUGCAGUUGCAACUCUCGUGAAGUUAUUCAAGCCCUUGCCAGCUGACUACUGCAUGGAGAUAUCAUUUGGACACCUGGAUGCACUGUUCAGCACCAUGUUAAUACACCUGGAUGAUCCUGACCUUGGCUUUCAGCAUACUAUGCUUGAUGCCCUGAAGGAGAUAGGUGAGGUGAAUCCCAAAAUUCUGCUGGAGAAAGUUGGCAUUUGUACAGUUAAAUUCUGCAAUGCAGAAGGUUGCAGGGAGUUGACAGGGUAUAUUGAGAGGCUGCUGGACAACUAGUUCCAUUCAGUGAACGAGUCUUGCGAUUCAGUGAUAAUUACAUAAAGGAAAGUAUGUCUAUAAAUAUCUCGCAUAUCAAGUUUGCCACUGAAGCAGUGUUUCUUAUCUCUGCAUUUUCAUAUGACUUCCUUAAUAACAUUUUUAAGAUACAAGUUGUAGAACAAUGAUUACAAAGGAAACCUAAUAAAAUUAUUUUGCAGGAUUUGUCCUAGCAGAUCAUAUAGAGA